AUGGAAGAUGGCUAUAUAUAAGAGUUGUUUAAACUAUUUCGAGAAUCAUAAUGUGUUCAACCUCCUAAAAAACCUAUUGGAGCAUAUGAAAAGUUUGUAGGAAAUUAUGAACAAGCAUGUAAAGAUAAAAAUCUAAAUUACAAUACUGAGUAAGCCAAAAAAUAAUGGGAAAACUUAGAAAAGGAACUUAGAGAAGGUACUAUUAUUAUUGAUUUUAGAAUAUUAUCGAUUAUCAAAGGAGGAUUAAGAGUUGUAUGAUAGGUUAUUCCGUUAAUAUCAUUCUAUUUCUAAUCUCAUUAAAAAAAAGAAAGCUGAUGGAUCUGUGUUAUUUUUUUAAGAAAAAGGAGCAAAUGGAAGUUUAACUAAUCUUUAAUAAUUAUGGGAUGAACUAAGUCUUGAUGAAAAAUAAAUAUAUGGUUAAAAGGCAUAAUAAAAUUAUGAGGAUACUAUUAAAGUAUUUUAUAUUACUUACUUAGGCUUCAAUAGAAGAAUAUAUAACAGAAUACUAAAAUUAUAUAAAUCAUGAAAAUGAAAAACCAUAAGAUUUAUAAUUUGUUCAAAAAAUUGAGGAUGAGCAAGAUGAAAUAGAUUAAAUUGAUAUCAUAAUAGGAAUAAAGAGAACUAAUGGAAAGAAGGAAUAUUUAGUCAGGUUUAAGGGUAAAACAGGUAAAGAUGCAAAAUGGUUCCCAAAAAAGAAACUCAGAAAAGUAAAAGAAAUUGUAAAAGAAUUUGAAGAAACAUAUUUUAAAUAAUCAUUUUAGGAUAAUGAAUCUAGUAGUGGAUUUGAUUCAACACCUCCUGAAUAAAUUUUCGUAGAAAAUGAUAAGGAAGAUUAAUAAUAAUAAUAAUAAUAAUAAUAAAUUGAAGAAGUGAAAGAAGAAUAAAAAGAGAAAUAGAAAGUAAAAUCAAAAAGAGAGAUAUCAUCAAAAUAAAAUUAAGUAAAGUAAUAAAAAAAUGUAAAAAAAUCUACUACUCCCUAAAAAAUCAAUACUUCUACUUCAAAAAUUUAAGAAGUUGAUAAUAAAACCAAUUAAACAAGAAGAAAUUAAAAAAUAAGUGAAAAAACAAAUUCUAUUUCUAAAACAUAAGCUAACUUAAAUUAAGAGAAAAAUAACAAAAAAUAAGAUUAAGAAAUAAAAAACUAGAAAUAAUUAGAUACAUCAAAAGAUGACAGAAAAUAAAAUGAAAAACAAAUCUCAAUAGAAAAACCUAUUAAAUCUGUAAGGGAAACUAAAAGUUCUUAAUAGAGUCUACCAAAAAUAUCUAAUAAAAAAUCUCUAGAAGAGCCUGUUAUUAAAAGAGUAAGGAAAUAAUUGAAUGAUUAAUCAGUAGAAAAAUCUAAGAAUGAAAAACCCUAAAAAUCAAAAUCUAAAGAUGUAAAAUAAAUCAAAUAAUAAAAUUAAUCACAAAAAAAAGAGAGUAAAGAAUCUGUUAUCACUAAAAGAUAGGUAAGAAGUAGAGAUAAUUCAAAUUCAAAAUCACACUAAUAAACAACAACAAAAAUUAAUACAAAGAACUAAAAACAAGAAAUAAAGGAUAAUAAAUUGGCUACUAAAACAAAAUUAGUUGCUUAAAAAUAAAGUUUAAAUAAUUCUAAUCAUGAUUAAUCUAAUAAAAAUAGUAUUUAAAAAUCAGUAAGUUAAUAACAAUAAUCUAAAAAUAAAUAAAAGUAAAAAUAAAAUGCAGUAUCAAAAACUAGAAGUACAAGUGCUUAAUCGAAUAAAUUAUAAAAUAAUUAAAAUUAAAAAAAAGAAUAAAUUUCAGUCAAAAAGCGUUCUCGAUCGGUUGAAGUUAUCAAUAGUAUUACUCCCAAAAACCCCACUAUAAAUAAGGUAAGUUAAAGUUUAAAGGGAACUAAUAAAAAUAGUAAAAGUUCAAAAAAUGCUCCUCCAACUAAUAAAUCAUUGAAUAAAAUCCAAUAAAAUUAAAAAUUGCAAAGAAGUUAAACUUAAUUAAAAAAAGUAAAACAAUUAGUUGACGUAUAAAAUAAAAAUUUAAUAAGUGCUUAAAAAUCUAGCUAGGUUAGAACUUCUUAAAGAGGAGUACGUGAAAAUACUAGAAAUAAGAGUGCAAUGAAAAUAAUCAAAAAAAUAUCAAAAAACAAUAUCAAAAAUAAGGGGAAAUAGAAACAAAAAAUAACUGAAAAAAAAUAAAAAAAAGAAUAAGCUAAUCCAAAAAAUAAUAUAAAAAAUAGUAAAAUUAUAUCUACAGUUACUGUCAGAUAAACUAGAAGUAAAAAAUCUAAGAAUAUGGGAAAAAGAAAGCACUGAAU